GAACUCUGCCACUGGAUACUCCAAAUAUAGCCACUAUGAAGGCUUUCCUCAGUCUCAUCCUCCUCGCUCUCUGCGUGGGAAUCAAGGCUAAGGUGUUCACAAAAUGUGAGCUGGCUUCUACUUUGAAGAAAGCUGGGAUGGAUGGCUAUAACGGAUACAGCCUGGCCAACUGGAUGUGCUUGUCUUACUACGAAAGCAAGUACACCACCAACGCCCUCUACGAUAACGGCUGGAGCCGCGACUAUGGGAUUUUCCAGAUUAACAGCUACUGGUGGUGCAACGAUGGCAAGACCUCAGGCGCUGUGUCAGCGUGUAGCAUUAACUGUUCCAGUCUGAUGGACGACAACAUCUCUGAUGACAUCACAUGCGCCAAGAGAGUUGUCCGCGAUCCCAACGGCAUGGGUGCAUGGGUUGCAUGGAACAACUACUGCAAGAACAAAGAUGUGAGCAGCUUCGUCAGUGGAUGUGCCUUGUAAGAAGAAGUGUGGACCCCAUUCGUUAUCCAGCAGAUGGCGCUGAAACCCAGUACAUUUUCCAGCAAAUGUUUAUGUAGAACAAACACUGAAAACAAAUCCAAUAAACAUUAAA